UUUUUUCACCCCCAGAAAAGGCUGGGACCGCAUCUGGCUUUUCUACCGUGUCCGAUCCGGCUCCCCUUCGCUGUGAGCCUUGGGCUGAGUUUCUCCAGAAGUCCAAGAGUUUGCAGGGAAAUCUUCCACGGAUGGAGAUCCAGACGUUGUUACUGGAGGCGUGCAUGGCAAUCUGCAAAACUUCAUCAGAUAUAUAAGUUGGAAAUCUUUCCUGGUUCCUCUGCAGUCCAGACUAUCUUGUGUUCAAAGAGGGCUGAAUAGCCUUUAGGUGUUUGGCCAGACUUCAUCUGAUUAGUAACAGUUGGGGAGAUCCAUCCAUCCAUUUUGGAGCUGGAUUAGAAAUUAGAGAAAAUGGAGGGACAAAGCCCAGCAGAUACAGGUAUUGGAAAAGGCCCUGCAGCUACUCAGCCUUGGAGCUGUGGGAAGAAUGGGGCAAAUUCUGGGCAGAAGAGCCAAGAAGAGGAAGCCAACAGUUCAGAGAUCCAAUAUUGUCACUUGAGAAAAGUGCAGUUCCAGGAGGGGAAGAGUCCCCGAGAUGUUUGCAGUCAGCUUCACCAUCUUUGCCAUCAGUGGUUGCAGCCAGAAAAACAUACAAAGGCUCAGAUGCUGGACCUGGUGCUCCUGGAGCAGUUCCUGGCUGUCCUUCCCCCAGAGAUGAAGAAAUGGGUGCGGGAGUGUGGAGCAGAGACCACUUCACAGGCGGUGGCCCUGGCCGAAGGCUUCUUGCUCAACCAGGAGGAGGAAAAGAGGCAAAAAGAAUUGCAGAAAUCCUUGGAAGCUAAGACUGGGUGUUCCAAGGGGAGGAAAGAUUUAUUCAGAUCUUCUCAAGAGCUGUUGUUCAAAGAGACCUUACACAAAGAUCAAAGUCAGGACACUGUGCCAGAGAGUAGAAAACUGUCCUUGGAAAUUUUAGAAUCUCCUCCUCUUUGUGGUAUGGCUGAAGGACUGGCUGAACCAUUACUUCAGGAUGUUGUGUCUUUUGAGGAAGUGGCUGUGCAUUUCUCUGAGGAGGAGUGGUCUCAACUGGACGCUGACCAAAAGGCUCUCCAUGGAGAAGUCAUGCUGGAGAAUUCCAGGAAUCUCUUUUCUCUGGGAUUUAAUGGGCAGGAGAAUAAGAAUUGCAAGGAGGAAUGCCAAGCCAUCCUUCUGAAAAAGGAAAAGGGGAAAUUUGCAAUUCAAAUGCAACCAAAAAGUAAUGAAACAAAGCAAUCACAAAGUGGAAUUAAAAAAGGCUUUCCUCAGGUCAGUUGGCUUCCUAACAGUACAAACAUUGAUACAGGAGAAAGUCAAUAUCGAUGCAUGGAAUCUGGAAAGAGCUUUAAUAAAUCCGAUCAUCUCAUUUCUCAUAAAAACAUGCAUUCAGAAGAGAAACCAUAUACCUGCAGAGAGUGUGGAAAGUCCUUCCGUACGAAUGACUCUCUUAGAACUCACAAAAUGACUCACAAAGGAGAACUUUAUAAAUGCAUGGAGUGUGGAAAGAACUUUACUCGUAAGAGUAAUCUUAAUUCCCAUAAGAAGAUCCACACAGAAGGGAAACCAUAUCAAUGCUUGGAGUGUGGAAAGAGCUUUAGUAGGAAAUACGCUCUGAUUCACCAUAAAACUAUCCAUACAGAGAAGAAGCCAUAUCAAUGCAUGGAGUGCAGAAAAACCUUCUGUUAUUAUGAAUCUCUUAUAAGACAUCAAAGGAAUCACAAAGGAGAAAGACCUUAUAAAUGCAUGGAGUGUGGGAAAAGCUUUACUUCUAGCAGUAGUCUUAAUUCCCACAAUUUGAUCCACACAGGGGAAAAGCCAUAUCAAUGCAUGGAGUGUGGAAGGAGCUUUACUUGUAACAGUCAACUUAUUUCCCACAAGAGGAUCCACACUGGAGAGAAGCCAUAUCAAUGUAUGGAAUGCAGAAAAACCUUCUGUUACAAUCAUUCUCUUAUAAGACAUCAAAGAAGUCACAAAGGAGAAAGACCUUAUAAAUGCACGGAGUGUGGGAAAAGCUUUACUUGUAGCAGUAGUCUUAAUUCCCACAAGAAGAUCCAUGCAGGAGAGAAGCCAUAUCAAUGCACUGAGUGUGGAAAGACCUUUAUUCGUAACAGUUAUCUUGAGUCUCACAAGAAGAUCCAUACAGGAGAGAAGCCACAUGAAUGCAUGGAGUGCAAAAAAACCUUCUGUUAUUAUGAAUCUCUUAUAAGACAUCAAAAAAUCCACUCAGGAGUGAAACCAUAUCACUGUAAGGAGUGCGGAAUGAGCUUUACUCAUAGCAGCCAUCUUAAUUCUCACAAAAGGAUCCACACAGAAGAGAAGCCAUAUAAAUGUGUGGAAUGUGGAAUGGGUUUUAAGUGGAAUUCUAGUCUUACCUCCCACAAAAAGAUCCACACAGGAGAGAAACCAUAUCAAUGUAAGGAGUGUGGAAAGAGUUUUGCUCGUAGGAGUCAUCUUAAUUCUCACAAGAGGGUCCACACAGUGUCACAUUCAAAUCCACAGUAAUCUCUUCAAACCAUGGGAGUCUUCAGUUCGUUUGGCUAGAAGAAAAUUUGAAUGUUGUUUAGUCCGGAUGAGUUACAUUCUUUCAACUUCCUAUUCAUAAUUCCUGAGCUGUCUUCCCAACUGAAAAACUGAAACGAAGCUAUUUUUCUUUUUUGCCUCAUGGAAUUUGAUCUUUAUGUGUAUUUCCCAAGAUUUGCCUUCCUGCAUUUUGUAAUUCCACCUUUCCUCCAGUCACCUAUGAGACACCAUUCUCCCAUUCAUCUCUCCAUCAUGGCACCUUGUUUUGAGGUAAAAUUUCUAAAACUUCUUCUCAUUUUUGCUGCCGGCACUUGCUGUUUUGAACUUCUGUUAGCUGCCCAGUGGCAUGAAUUUGAAAAGGCAGCUGAAAUAAUGGAAAUAAAACAUCAAUACAAAUCUUAGUUUUCCUAA